AUGGAGGCCAAUCGAACAAUGUAUCCUGGAGAGCUAUCACCAGGAAGCGGCUGGCAUCGGAGCAGACUCAGCGAUGACUUUUCGCUGUCACCCAACAGCAGAACCACCAUGCGCUCCACGGGUGGCUUCUCUUUCGCCAGCAAUCGCACUAUGGGGGGCCGGAUUCAGAGCGCUCCCUUGCUGCACUCCACGGCAGCACCUUCCGUGGCCAGCUGGUACACCAAAGGUGCUGCCACUGGCACGACGAACCGUGCCUGGAAAGCCUUGGGCUCGGCCUACCGUGAUGUGGACGAGCUUCGCAAUGCGACUGUCGAGGAUGCCAGCGACAGGCGCGACUUCAUUGAUGGCUUGGUGCCGAAUUGGAGCAAAGACACCGUGAUGCGAAUGAAGGGCAUGUUGGAACACUUGAUCACGUGGACUUACUACCACAUCCAACGAGACGAAAAUCAUCCACAACGAAAGGAGGUGGGUGAAUUCCUGGAUCCGAAGAACGUGCCCAUCGCGUUGCGCUCAGGGGCGGCGCGCUUCCGCUUCUGGCGCGACUUGAAGCCGCCCUUCCAGGUUGUCCAGGUGACCCGCUCGAGUGAUGCCUUGGGAAAGUGGCGUGAUGUGGAUGCGGAAGGUCACCUACGAAUGCGCCCUGGCUCACCACGUGGAACGGGCCUGGGGUCUCAAAACGGUCCGGUGCCCCGGCAUGCCCCGGAGCUUGAAGCGCCUGCGGGUGUGCUGAGCCAACGCAAUGACUUUAUGGGGCGAGAGACAGUCUAUGACAUCUUUGACUCGCUGAUUGCGCGAGGCUUUUUGCCCGGCGCUCCAAAGCGGGUGGGUGCAGUGGGACGCCUGGAUAAGGAGACCACGGGAUUAAUCGUGAUGACAGAUGACAGGGAACUGAACUAUGCCAUCACUUCCAGCCCACUGGAGAAACGCUACGAAGUGACCGUGCUCCUGGCGGUGUGA